UUCAGGCACUCAGACUCUCCUGGCUUGAUCCCAAUAGAAAGAAGACCCCAGGAAACAACUUUAUGAGAAGAUCUAUAGCCCUAUCUUUCUUCAAUACUGAGCAGCCCUGUUUAGAUUACAACGCUGGCAAAGUUACAUCCAUGCUUCAAUAAUCGCUGUUACAUGCAUGGACUUCCACAGCAAUCCACCUGACAUCGGGCAUGGCAAUUUUGAUCGUCCAUCCGACACGCCGCCCAAGCCCUCCCACAAGCCGGACUCGAAGCCGUCGUCUCCCAACUUCGACACGGAGGGGGUGGACUGUUACAACAGCGGGUAAUUCAUCAACCGCGGCCUGGCUAUCCAGGCGCUCGAGUACUUCUGCGACCUCUUUGAGGGUCAGGUGCUGGACAUGACACGACCCGAGACGGAGCGCACGCUCAUGUGCAAUCACGGCGUCCAUUGCAUCCCCGCCGGCAAUGGCUGCUUCGUCAACGUCCUUGCGAGCAUCGCGGCCAAGAACUGGUGUCGAUUCGCCGUGGGCGGCAAGGGGGCCAAGUCGGAGUGUGGUCGCAUCUUAAGGCGCGUCAUCGAUGAGUGCGAUACGUCUUUGACGCAGUUCAAGCAGGAUGGCUAUCUUGGGAGACUUCUUCUUCUCAGACAGGCGGUGAUGUCGAUCUUGUCAUUUACCACCAUGAACACCUUGACGCAAUCCAUAUAUCUAUUCUUAACUGCUAGGGCGAUAGGGGUGUAGCUCUAAUUUCC